CCCUCUUCAUUACUUUAGUAAUCGACUGUUUUGGGUACAAGAGGAGAACCAAGCUUUGCUUAGUGACAUGGAAGGACAGAAUGUUGCAAGGAUGAGUGGUCUUGGGUUGUAUGGUAUUCAAAGUUUGGCUGUUGUUCAUCAAUCUCUUCAUCCAUAUCCAGAUGAGACAAAUCCCAAAAGUGUAAAUGUAAUUCCAGAAGUAAUUUCUGAAAAUGACGUCCUUCUCACUGGUAAAUGGGAUAACUUUACUAUAUCUUGGCCUAAUUCAAAGAGAGUAAAUUAUGGUCAAGUGUUUUAUAAGGUGAAAAUAGAUGAUGGGCUGGAGCCAUAUGUACUGUAUACAAAAAAGCCAUACAUCAGUUCUGCUUCAAUGAGAACCCUUCCUGCUUAUUCUUCAAUAAGAGUGGUUAUUCGCCCCUUUACAUACUGGUCUUAUUCUCACCAAACCCUCUCAAAUCUCCACACUCCUAUGUCAGUGCCAUCUGCACCUCGACACCCAAGAGUCUUUGUAACCCACCAUUCCAAUCCAUUUGAUGACAGACAUUCCAUAGAAAUUGAGUUUCGUUGGGAUCCUCCUGAGAAAAGUAAUGGAAUUGUCCAAAUAUACACAAUCUGUAUACAGCACCUCACUCCAUGCAUUCAAGUUCCAGGAAACCAGCUGUACUUUAACACAACACCACUGAGCCCAAAUGAUACAUGCUUUUUCAAGUUGUCUGCAAGAACAACUGCAGGAGAAGGCCCAAUGAGUGAGAUAACUCAGUAUACAAAGUCAGAAGAAAAUCCUGUGCCACAGUUAUUGUUAGCCAGUGUGAACAGUAUCAAACUAACAGAUGUAGAUAACCAUGAAGAAGUGUAUUUAUCUAACAAGGUAUCUCAGCCUGUGGAUGUGGCAUAUCUUGGGUUUGAUAAUUCUGUUUAUUGGAUUGAAGAGGAUGGAGCUUUGAUGAUGUCAGUGAUUCAUCAGAACAAGACAUCAUUGGUGUAUAAGCUACCACAUCAAAGUAAUAACAUUGCCAUAGACUGGCUAGGAAGAUGUAUAUAUUGGUCAGAAAAUAGACAUCAACAGAGUACCAUAUGGAGAAUGUUUCUUUUUCCUGAGCAAAGUCCUGAACUAGUAAUCAACAGUACUUCAAUGAUUGGAGCUAUAGAAGUGAACCCAUUUUCAAGAACUCUAAUUUACACUAUCUUGAAUGGAACUGGAAAUUGGGAAAUCAUGACUAGUGAUGCUGAUGGUUCUCGCCAUUGUUUAUUCUUCUUCCAAAACAAUCCAGUGGGAAAUGAUUCUGAAAAUAUACUUUCAUCAAAAAAGUGCAACUGUCUCCAAUAUCCACUUAUUGAAAAAUCUAUAGCUCUUGACCAUACAGUGAGUGGUGAUCCUCAACUGCUGUGGAUAGACAGCCAUUAUGGACAUAUCUGGUCAGCUGAUAUGCAAGGUUGUCUGUGCCACCUGAUUAUCAAUGCUUCUGUUUCAGAAUAUAUUGGCUUACCUCCAACCUUGAUAACAGCAGACAAAAACAGCAUUUACUGGUAUAAUGCAUCACUUGAACAACUGUUCGUUGCCAGCAAGACAGCAGUUAGAAAAGAAUGGGUUUCAUCACUGGCACAGGAACCUAAAAAGAUUAUGAUGUCUUUCAAUCCAGAAUUAAAGAUUAUAUCUGAACAAGCUGUUGGGAUUCAGAGCAUUAAAGCAGUAGGUCGUCAUUUACAACCCUUCCCAGAGCCUUCAUGCCUGAUUCCUCAACACUAUAACAAAGUGGCUGAACUGAUGGAGACAUCUUCAAUCUCAGUCACUGUUAAGCUGAUACCAGUGGAUGUGAUUACGUCUUGUAAAAAUGUGUCUCAACCUCCAUUGCUAUAUACAGUCUAUUACGGAAGGAUUGGAGAUAGUAAAAUUAGUGGUUGUUAUAGGAACCUCAGUCAGUGCUAUAAACUUGAAUCAUACAACAGAUCUGUGGUGCUUAGUCCAUUGAAUCCAUUCACAAAUUAUUCUAUUCGAGUGGCUGUCAGUAAUCAUUACUCCAGAGCUCCAUUAAUCUCUGCAUCUGCUGUAGUCUAUCAAACAACAGAAGGAGCACCUACAGCUCCUGUCAAUGUGACAGCGGAGGCUGUAACCCCAACAAAUAUUCAAGUAACUUGGUCACAGCCAGUUCAGCUUAAUGGUCCCUCUGUUUGGUAUGAAGUGCGAAAACAGAAAGUAGUUGACCAACAUUUUGGUCCAUUAGACCUAACUCACCAGCACUCUGCUACCUUGGAGCAUGAAUAUUUUACAAAUCUGACUUCUGUGAAACCAGCUACCACAUACAAAAUUGUAGUUCGAGCUUAUUCUUCUACUGAAGCCUUUCAUAGUGAUAGCAUACCUGUUAAAGUGACCACCUUGUCUUUUCCUAAUAACCUGACACUUGUGGAUAUCAAAUCAAGGUCUCUGACUGUUCAGUGGAUUUCUUCUGUUGAUAGCAGUGUAGUCCAGCAUAGAUUGAAAUAUAUUGAGGAACGAGGCAAUAUGUGGCACACACUGAAACUGGAUGAUACAGAAGCUGGUGCAACAUACAACUACACAUUGGAGAAACUUUUUCCAAAAACAAAAUAUAACUUCAAACUUGAGUUAGUAUAUAGAAACAAAAUCAAUCACACCUUUGUUUGGUUGGAGAUGCCUGAGUUUCAGUAUGAAACUCUUGCUGAUAGACCUGAUGUUCCUGACCCUCCGUAUGUGAAAAAAAUUGGAUGGGAAGCAUACCAAGUUUCCUGGAGUGAGGUAUCUAGUAAUGGAGGAACAUUCCUUAUGUAUGAGUUGCAGUACAGGUCAGUCAUUAAUAACCUGACAGAGGAUACUAAAUGGCAGACAGUCUACUAUAACUCCACAAUCCAUUGGAUCAUUCAAGACUUGCCUGCAGGAAUGAGUUAUUACUUUAGGGUUCGAGCAAUGAAUGAUCUAGGAUAUGGGAACUUUAGUCGUGAGAGUGAACAGUUUGAUUUACCUGCUCCAGAAGGUCUUGUUGAUUCAGGCAGUCAUCAUAUAACAACUGUUCUUGCCAGUACCUUAUCAGUUGUAUUUCUGAUUGUUAUUUUUCUGGUAGUAGCUGUUUACAUGGUCCAUCAUUGUCGAGAACAAGAAAAGAAGAUUCUACAGGAAGCAAGUACAGACUUUCAGAACCGUGAUCUGCAACUUUCAACUCUUCAAGAGUUUCCUCAUCCUGGAAGCUUUGUUCACCAAAAUAAUGCUCUGUAUGCUUUGGAGGAUGUUCCCAUAGAUGAAGAGCUUGCUUCCGUACCUCAGAUUUGUCGUGAACAGAUAGUCUUGACAAAGUUUUUAGGUAGUGGAGCAUUUGGAGAAGUAUUUGAAGGGGUAGCUUAUGACCUAGAAGGAGAGAGCUCUCCACCAACUAAAGUAGCCAUUAAGACUUUAAGAAAAGGUGCAACCAAUCACGAAAAGUCUGAAUUUAUGAAGGAAGCCAAACUUAUGUGCAAUUUUAAACAUGAUCACAUUCUUUCUCUUCUGGGAGUUUGCUUGGACAACAAUCCUAAUUUUAUUAUUUUGGAGCUGAUGGAGGGUGGCGACUUACUCUCCUACCUUCGUUCCAGUCGAAAUGCUUCGGUGUUUGGUUUGCAGCCAUUAACCCUAGAUGAUCUGUUAAAUAUAUGUGCUGAUGUUGCUAAAGGCUGCGUAUAUCUUGAAGAAAUGCACUUUGUGCAUAGAGACAUAGCUGCUCGUAACUGUUUAGUAUCAAGUCAUGACCCUGCUCUACGCCAUGUGAAGAUUGGAGAUUUUGGUUUGGCUAGAGACAUUUAUAAAAACGACUACUAUAGGAAAGAGGGUGAAGGUCUGCUUCCAGUGCGAUGGAUGGCCCCAGAGUCUCUGAUAGAUGGUGUCUUCACUAGUCAAUCGGAUAUCUGGGCUUUUGGGGUUCUCCUAUGGGAAGUUAUGACAUUAGGUCAGCAACCCUACCCUGCACGUACAAACCUGGAGGUUCUAUAUUAUGUUCGAGGUGGUGGUCGUCUAGACAGGCCAGAAAAAUGCCCUAGAGAACUGUAUGAGCUUAUGUUGCUCUGCUGGGGGUAUGACCAAGAAAGUAGACCAUCUUUUACCACAUGCCUUGAAACCUUGUUAGCUCUCCAGCUAAAGUUCCAAAACUCAGUUGUUCACAAUCAUAACUACAUUGGCAUCCACAGAAAUAAUCACAAACACUCAUCAGAACGUGAAAACUCUUGUGACAUACAUUACAUCAAGGAAUGUGGUAGCCUCAGUACUUGCAGUGAUCCAACUUUAACCAAGAGGCUGAAUAAUGAUUUGUUGGUCCAUCAAACAGUUAAAAGAGCUGCCUCAUUAACAAAUCAACCGUGUGGCUGUAAAAAGGAUCACGUAAUAUCUUCACCUCAUGGUUUUCUCAUUGGAUCUCUGCCAGAGCAGUCACGUUAUCUUCAGCUACUUGAUGAUAAUGUAAGUAUCACUGACCGGGAUGGCUACGAAAUACCUCGUUUUCAAACUUCUUACCAACCAAAAUUAUUGAAUUAUGCAGAACUAGCUCGAUGGAAUUCCAUUUCAUCACAUUCUUCAGAAGACAUUUCCAGUCCAACAACUGAAGUCAACAGUCAUGAGGAUAACAUGAAACCAUCUUCUUCAGGAAGUUAUUCUCCUCCACCUGCAUACCUACAAGUCUUCCCACAGCUGCAGAAAUCCGAUAAUAUGUAUCCACAUUGUCAAAAUGAAGACAAAAAUGUAGAGACAAACUCAUCACAGUCAGAUGGAAGCUGUCCCUCUGAAUUCAGUACAACUCCAUCCUACCUACGAAGAAAGUGUCUAAAGUUGAAUAAGCAACAAAAGCAGUCUUGUGAAUCAGAUAAUACAAGUGAGGAUUAUGAUGAAGGAUUAGGUGAGUCAGUCAAAACCACACAAUCAGAAUGCCAGACUGUUGUUACUACAUCUGAUCAAUUAGAUUGUGGAGAGAAUGACCAGUGGUCUGUAUCUUCUUGUUCAACCGCCUCUCUACACACCUGGGGCUAUCCAAAGAGCCAAAGAAGCAGUGGUUUAUCAAUCUUGUCAGAAAUAGAGGCUGAACGGUCAUUAAAGUUGUUCAGUGAGACAUUAAAAACUGACUCAGUAGAGGAGCUGAUACUGUAGACUCAGUCAAAAAUGUGUAUAGGUAUUUUUUUAAAUUUAAAUAUGGGUUUAAAGACGUAGUAGUGGUAGUAUAGAUUCAAUCAAAAUAUAGUUUUCCAGCCACAGAAAGUUGUAUAUGUUGUUCAUGUUUUUUUCCUGUAAGCAUGAGAGGUUAUAAGCAAAUACUUUUAUUUGAUUUUUCACAUUGUCCAGUCAUGACAACAAUGAUCUUGGCAAUGUUAGUGCCAUACUGAUCAAAAAUAAACUUUUGUGUGCAAAUAUACAGAUUGCAUGAAAUCAUUUUGUGAACUUUUAAAUACUAACUCUUUACACUAUGAAAUCUGUUUUGUAUGUUACAAAGCGUAAUAUAAAAAAAUUAAGAAGGGUUUACUGAUAAGUUAUGAAUUAUUAUACAAGUAAAUUGAACAUUCCAGAAAGAAAGUAAUGUAUAUUAAAAAAGUAUGUUAUUUCUCAGGUAGUCAUAGCUUUACUGAUUCAUCCUUUAGUAAUUGUAAUUGCUCACAGUCAAGUUAUUACAUAAAUGAUCAAAGGAAAUUUAUCUUUAUAUUUAGGUGCUUUAAACGUUUGUGUAAAUGUAAUUAAAUAAAAGAGAAACUCCUAUAUUCUAGCAUCUGGUGCCAGGGGACACUGAAAUAUAUAAAUUUUACGGUAACAUUUGUAUAAAAUGUAAAAGUUGGUGCUGUUAAUUCAAAUCAUAUUUUUUUUAUAUAUGUGAAUUAAUAAAAUAUGAAACAGUGAAGAUAAAUUGUGUCAGUAUUUGGAUGUAAGAAAUUUUUUACUGCAUGAUGCAGAUGUUUUCUAUGUAGAAAUAUUUUUUCAGCAGGCUAUUUUUACUGUUUCAAUUGUUCUACUAUAUUUUUUUAUAAGACACCUUCCAGAAUGUGUUAUAGUGCCUUUAUGAUUUUAAAUUUUAAAAAAAAUUUCAAAUAAUUACUGAGUGUAAUUUCUCUAAAGAAUUGAAAACAGGAAAAUAUUUUACGCUUUAAGUAUUUAGUGCAAAGUACAAACUAAUACAAAGCAGAAUUGUCUAACUAAAAGGUGUUUCUAUAUGAAAACAUAUUUUUUUAGAGUGACGUAUUACAUAUGAUAGAUAGAUAAAGUAAAUUUUGAGAAACUUCUUGACUUUGCAUUCCAAAUCAGAUGACUUUUGUUUAUUUUUCUGUUACUCGAAGUGUUAGAGCAGAUAUUUAAGGACUGUUUUUAACAUGAGAACUGAUAUUAGGAAUUGAUGUUCUUUUUGUGUGUGGUACAUGAAUAUUCUUUAGCCAUUCAAAAAUAUUAGGUAGCUCAUGUUGCUUUUUAUUACUUUACACUAUUGUAUUAUUUAUGUUAAAAUUAUUUGUACCAUAAAAAUCAUGUCAUACGUUUACAGAAUGAAACACAAAAAUGAAUUGUCAUUAUUAUUACAAUGCUUUCAGACAUAAAAUGUGUCAAAAUUAUUGCUUUGUGAUUUUUUUUAAGUAAUUGUAAAUGAUUAAAAUUUAUAUUGAAAAUAUUAUCAUAAUCAAAAGCAUUAGAUAAACUUGUAUUUUCUGUAACAGAAAAAUACAAGUUUCCCAUUGGAAGGACCACACCUUUUUAUCGUGUAUAAUAUGACAAUCUUGUUUGAACUCAAUACAUUGAAGACAAAAACAACCACUUUACGUAUAGCACUUGCUAGUAAAUAAGUGUUGAACUGACAUGUUCAUUUAUUAGACUGUACUAUUGUUUUUAUUAAUGUACUAUUGUUGUUGUUCUACUAGGUUUAUGCUUGCAAUUACAAAAAAACUUUCAUGAGUAGUGUUAUGUUACUUGUAUCAAAGCAUUAACUUUUUGACCUUGCAUUUAAGAUGUUUUCAUAACUAAAGGCUUGUUUGUAAAUAUUGCUUUCAUCGUAGUAAUAAUUCUCUUUUCAUAAAUCUUCAUUGGUUAAAGUAAUAACCUCUCUUACCAACUGCAGAGAUGAUGCAGUCAUGCAAUAUUAUGUUAUUUUUUAGAUGUUUAGCUUUAAUGAGAGGACUGUUAUAUUUUCUCUUGCUUUUUUAUAGCAUUAACAUAUCAGCUUAACUAAAAAAUAGUAUUGUCAUCUUUUUUGGGCUUUUUCCCAAGUUUAGUCUAAAUGAAAAGAAUAUUGUCAUUAUGUGUUGUCUUUUUCCAAGUUUAGUCUAAAUGAAAAGAAUAUUGUCAUCAUGUGUUGUCUUUUUUUUUCCAAGUUUAGUCUAAAUGAAAAGAAUAUUGUCAUCAUGUGUUGUCUUUUUCCAAGUUUAGUCUAAAUGAAAAGAAUAUUGUCAUCAUGUGUUGUCUUUUUUUUCCAAGUUUAGUCUAAAUGAAAAGAAUAUUGUCAUCAUGUGUUGUCUUUUUUUCCAAGUUUAGUCUAAAUGAAAAGAAUAAUGUCAAUUUUUUUAUUUUUUCUGGUUUAGAAUAAAUUAAAAAAAAUAUUUGUCUUUUUGUAGAUUCAGUGAAAUGAAAGAAAUGAUGUUGUUAUUCUGUGCUGUUUUUUUAACAGGUUUAGCCUAAACGAAUAAAAUACUGUCAUCUUAUGCUUCUGUUAGAAAUUCAACGUAUAACUGAAAUGAAUAUUGCAAUCUUAUUGUUGUAGCUGUAUUGGAAAGACAUUUCUACCUUAUAUUUAUUUACAGAUUUUGCUAUUGGUUGAAAGUGAUACUCAGAUUUUAUUUUAUGAAAGAUGUAAAAUUAUUGUAUUUUUCUAUUCUUUUUUUGUUCUCUGCUUAGCAUACUAACAUUGCCAUUUACAAAUUUAAAAGGUAGUUAAAUGUUUUUUUUUUAAAGGUAACUUCUGUGUUUCUCAAGCUGCUUAUUCAGUGGUUCAUAAUUUCGCCGCUAUUGUAAGCAUCCAUCAUUGUAUGGUUACCACUGUACAUAUAUGUUGUGCACUACAAGAGGAAGUACAAAAUGUAUUUUUAGUAUUAAAGUGUCUUUUAAUUGGAUAAACGCUACAAUGUGAUAUUGAUGCUAUAAAGUUAUGUAUCACCCACUGCAUUAAAAAAAAAAAAAGGCAAAUUAAGUUUCGCUGUUUCAAACGAACUUGUGGAAACUAAACCUGAUGUUGACAACGCUGUUCAUUU